AUGGAUAACGAUAAACAAACAUUAACUUUUAAUCAACCAUUGAAAGAUGAAACAAUCAAAUUACAAAACGAUAGAUUAAUAACUCGGAUUGAACAUUUAUCUACAGAAUUGUUUGUUACAAUAUUUGGCUAUCUUCAUUGUUAUGAUAUCUAUGAAGCAUUUUCAAAUCUUAAUUAUCGUUUUCAACAACUUCUCAAUUCUUCAUUUUAUUUUUAUGAAGUUAGAUCUAAUAAGGCAACAUUUAUUGAAACAUUUACAAAUAACUAUCAACAAUUUCUUCUUCUUAAUAGUGGUAACAUAUUUUCCAUGCGAUUAUGGGCAUCGUUAGAAAAUGGUCAAUUCUUAUUGUCACUUAUUACCGAUUCGUCAAUGAGCUCGCUCCAAUCACUUCAUAUCUCUUAG